ACAUAAUAGAAAUGAAAGUAGAUCUUAGGUCUUGAAGCUAGAUCUAGUCUAGAACUAAGUCUCAGUGACUAGCUAGCUAGCUAACUAGCUAGACUUAGAAUCUAGAUCUAGAUAGAUCUAGAGUCCUUAGUAAGAGACUAACACUAAUCACUAAGUACUAAGUUACAAGUUUAAAAAGUAAGCAUGACAUUAAAAAAACAAAAGCUGUUAGUACUGUAUGGUAGCCAGACAGGAACAGCUCAUGAUGUUGCAGACAGAAUUGUUAGAGAAGCAAAAAGGAGACAUUUUUCUGCAUUGGCAGUUGACAUGGAUACCUACCAAGUGCACAAUCUUAUCAAUGAAAAACUGGUUGUGUUUGUUUGUUCUACAACUGGUCAAGGUGACCCACCAGAUAACAUGAGACUCUUCUGGAAAUUUCUUCUAAGGAAAGACUUACCCUCAACAUCUUUAAACCAACUGCAAUUCGCUGUCUUAGGACUGGGUGACUCGUCCUACUUAAAGUAUAAUGUUGUUGGCAAACGCUUACAGAAAAGAAUUGAACAACUUGGUGGUCACCCCUUUCAUUCUCUAGGCUUGGCAGAUGAUCAGCAUGACCUUGGUGUAGAUGCUGUAGUGACCCCAUGGUUGAGUUCUCUGUGGGACACUCUGAUCAAGAUGUUUCCUCUUCCUGCUGGUCUUGAUGUCAUACCUAGUGAUAUAUGCCCACCACCCAAAUACAAAGUGAAGUUUAUUGAGUCCAGUGUUGCAGCAAGUAGGGCUACCACAGACAGUACACACAUGUCACAUACAGAGGAAGGCCACCAAUCAUCAGAUAAAAAAGUUGGACCACUCUGUCCAUUUCAUGCACGUCUUAUAUCUAACAGCAGGAUUACAGCCCCUGAUCACUUUCAAGAUGUCCGCCUAAUCAAGCUUGAUAUAAGAGGGUCAAACAUUAGCUAUGUUCCUGGUGAUGUGAUGAUGGUUAAACCACAAAACUUGCCCAGUACUGUGGACUCAAUGUUGGCAGUUUUAGGACAGGAUCCUGAUAGAGUUUUUGUUUUACAACAAAAUGACCCAGAUGUUGCCUUGCCACCAUGUUUCCCUGAGCCAUGUUCAGUCAAGUGGUUGUUGACGAACUACUUAGAUUUUAACUCUGUACCCAGGAGAUCUUUCUUUGAGCUGUUGAAAUACCACACACAAGAUGAACUGGAGAAAGAAAAGCUGGAAGAGUUUUGUUCCCCCCAGGGGCAGGAGGAGCUUUACUCAUACUGCAACAGGGUCAAGAGGACAAUACUAGAGGUUCUCCAAGAUUUUUCUAAAACAAGUGCCUCAGUUCCAUUUGAAUAUUUGUUUGACAUCAUCCCACCACUGCAACCUCGAGCUUUCUCUAUAGCAUCAUCACCCAAGGCCCACAGAGAUGAGCUGCAUAUCCUGAUGGCUGUGGUCAGGUACCAGACUAAGCUGCACCUGCCACGACGUGGUGUAUGUUCUACGUGGUUGUCCAGUCUUGACCCAGCUGAUGAUGUCACGGUGCCCGUAUGGGUCAAACCAGGGACAAUCAGAUUUCCCUCUGAUGUUGAUGUGCCAGUCAUUAUGGUUGGACCAGGUACAGGACUUGCCCCCUUUAGAAGUUUGAUACAUGACAGAUGUGGACAAAGUCUAGGCAGUUUGACAUUAUUUUUUGGCUGUCGCAGUAGAUCCAAGGACUUUUACUGUAUUGAUGAGUUCAAGGACACAAAGAUUUUACAAGUGUUUACAGCAUUUUCUAGAGACCAGGCUAACAAAGUUUAUGCCCAGCAUAUAAUGGCACAACAAGGGGAGAUGAUCUGGUCCUUGAUCAAUGACAAGAGAGCAGCAUUUUUUAUUGCUGGAAAUGCUAAAUCAAUGCCAGAUGAUGUGAAGGACACACUGUGUGACAUCAUCAGCCAACAUGGGGGGAUGAGCAGAGACCAGUCAGUUUUAUACCUUCAAGAUCUGGAGAGGAAGAAAAGAUUUCAGGUGGAGGCCUGGUCAUAGUCUUCUUUUAAGUGAUGGAUUCUUUGUGUGAUUGGUUCUUUUUGUGAUGGAUUCUUUUUGUGGUUGGUUCUUUGUGUCGUUGAUACUAUAGUAGUCAAGUUUAUGUGAUGACUGAAAAAAAUUUAAGUAGUAUCACUUAAA